GAUCGUGGCUAACUUCACGCGAUUAUUUUCCCGCCUAAAACACACCACAAAACACGAAGAAUCUUAAAAAGGUUAUUUUAAUGUAUUUCGCCUAUUUUUAAGCUAAACCCGAAUAAAAAUGAUUAAUCAACAAAUAGUCGAUCAAGAUUUGCAAGAAAUCGUAAAAGAAUACGAGGAUUUCUUAGAUGAUGAGGAACAUCAAGGUAAAUAUGUAACCCUUGUAAAAAGCAUGGUAGCCGAAAAUGGCAAACGAUUAAUUGUUAAUGUAAAUGAUUUAAGAAGAAAAAAUCCAACUCGAGCCAAACAUCUUUUAAACAACGCCUUCGAAGAACAACUUGCCUUUCAAAAAGCUUUAAAAGAAUUUAUCCCGAUCGCAGCUCCCGACUACGACAGUAAAACGUACGAAGAUGUUUUUAUUGGGUUUGAAGGGAGCUUUGGAAAUAAACACGUAACCCCACGGAGUUUGCACUCAAGAUUUUUGGGGAAUUUAAUUUGCGUAGAAGGAAUCGUAACUAAAUGUUCUUUGGUUUAUCCAAAGAUGGUAAAAAGCGUGCAUUAUUGUCCGGUUACUAAAAAAACGAUGGAGCGUCGUUACACGGAUUUAACUUCUUUAGAAGCAUUUCCAUCAAGCUCAGUUUACCCCACGAAAGAUGAUGAAGGCAAUACUUUAGAAACGGAAUUUGGUUUAUCAAACUAUAAAGAUCACCAAACAAUUUCAAUACAAGAAAUGCCAGAAAAGGCCCCUGCGGGGCAAUUACCCCGUUCGGUCGAUAUAAUUUGCGAUAACGAUUUAGUUGAUUUAUGUAAACCAGGGGAUCGGGUACAAAUCGUUGGGAAUUACCGAUGUAUGCCCAAUAAACAAGGAAGUUUCACCACGGGAACUUUCCGUACGGUCGUUAUCGCCAAUAACAUCACUCAACUCAGCAAAGAAGCAAAUCCUUCGAUUUCAAGGGAUGAUAUCGCCAAAUGCAAACAAUUAGUUAAAGACAAUAAAAACGUUUUUAAUUUAUUAUCGAAAUCUUUAGCUCCGUCGAUUCACGGACACGAAUACAUCAAAAAAGCCAUUUUAUGCUUAUUAUUGGGCGGGGUCGAAAAAAACUUGCUUAACGGAACCCGGUUAAGAGGUGAUAUUAACGUUUUAUUAAUCGGAGAUCCAUCCGUUGCGAAAUCACAACUUUUACGAUACGUUUUGUGCACGGCUCCAAGAGCUAUACCAACGACGGGUCGUGGAUCCUCGGGGGUUGGUUUAACCGCUGCGGUUACGACGGAUCAAGAUACAGGGGAGAGACGUCUCGAAGCUGGGGCGAUGGUUUUAGCAGAUCGAGGUGUUGUUUGUAUCGAUGAAUUUGAUAAAAUGUCCGAUAUGGAUCGUACCGCGAUUCACGAAGUUAUGGAACAAGGAAGAGUUACAAUUGCGAAAGCUGGGAUUCACGCCAGUUUAAAUGCACGGUGUUCGGUUUUAGCUGCUGCUAAUCCUGUUUAUGGGAAA